AUGGCGGACCGCGGCGGCGAGCGUGGUGUCGGCGAGCGCGGCGGCGACCGCGGCGGCUUCGGGCGCGGCUUCGGUCGCGGCGGGCGCGGGGACCGUGGCGGGCGCCGCGGCGGCCGCCGUGGCCCUCGCCAGGAGGAGGAGAAGUGGGUGCCCGUCACCAAGCUCGGCCGCCUCGUCAAGGAGGGCCGCUUCACCAAGAUGGAGGAGAUCUACCUACACUCGCUCCCCGUCAAGGAGCACCAGAUCGUGGAGACGCUCUGCCCGGGGCUCAAGGACGAGGUGAUGAAGAUCACCCCGGUGCAGAAGCAGACCCGCGCCGGGCAGCGCACCCGCUUCAAGGCCUUCGUCGUCGUCGGCGACAGCAACGGCCACGUCGGCCUCGGCGUCAAGUGCGCCAAGGAGGUGGCCACGGCCAUCCGCGGCGCCAUCAUCCUCGCCAAGCUCUCGAUCGUGCCCGUCAGGAGGGGCUACUGGGGGAACAAGAUCGGCCUGCCCCACACCGUGCCCUGCAAGGUCACCGGCAAGUGCGGCUCCGUCACCGUGCGCAUGGUGCCCGCCCCCAGGGGUUCCGGAAUCGUCGCCGCCCGCGUCCCCAAGAAGGUGCUGCAGUUCGCCGGGAUCGAUGAUGUCUUCACUUCCUCGCGUGGAUCCACCAAGACCCUUGGCAACUUCGUCAAGGCUACCUUUGACUGCCUGAUGAAGACCUAUGGAUUCCUCACUCCUGACUUCUGGAGGGAGACAACCUUCACCAAGGCGCCGUACCAGGAGUUCACCGACAUCUUGGCGAAGCCGACCAAGGCCCUGAUGCUUGAUGCACCAGCUGAGAAGUUCUCAGGGAAGCAUAAGCUUGGAGAAGGCGGUUUCGGAGAAUGCAGGGGAAACUUCCCAGACGGGCAAGAAAUAGCAGUGAGGUAG